AUGAGUUUAAUGCGUGAUGAAUCCCAAGAUACUGAGGAACAGUUUAUAUUGCGUCUGCCUCCUGAACAUGCUUAUACUGUCAGGAAGAUGAUACAUUCUAGAGGUGCUGCCAUGAAGGAUAAACUAAAAAUUGACUUUUCUUCUGAUGGACGUAAUGCGGUUGUUCAGGUAGAAGAUGUCUCACUGUCUGCUAAGCUGGUUAAUUUGCCUUGUGUUAUCGAAAGCCUGAAAACUGUUGAUAGAAAAACAUUUUAUAAAACAGCAGAUAUUUCUCAGAUGCUUGUAUGCAGUUCUGAUAGUGAGCCUCGUCCUUUCCCGGAAGAACCAGUUGCCUCUACUGAUCCUCCUGUAACUGGAAAAUGUGAAGGGAAGACACAGAAAAAAAAAUAUAACUGGAAGCAUGGCAUUACUCCACCACUUAAGAAUGUCAGAAAGAAAAAGUUCCGGAAAACAGCAAAAAAGCUCCCCAGUGUCAAACAAAUGGAUGAAAUCAGCUUCAGUGAGUACACUGAAUCUCCAAAUGUGGAAAAAGAAAUGAAGAGACUGCUGUGCUCAGAUGCUGAAGCCAUCAGUGUCCGCUGGGAAGUCAUUGCUGAUGAUGAAACCAAGGAAAUAGAAAGUCAAGGAUGCAUCUCAGGCAUUUCAGGAACCCCACAAAUGAGUGGUCCUCCCUCAUCAGACUAUGAUAUGUUUCUAGAGAUGUUUGGUGAUUCUCGAAGUAACAGUAAUGAUGUAGAAGAUAAGGCUGAUAAAAGUGAUGAUGAUGAUGAUGACGAUGAAGAGGAUGAAGAGGAAGAAGAAAAGAAGAUAGACAGUUGGGAAUCGGAUUUAGAAAGGGAGCUGCAAGCGAAAUUUAUUCAGUCUAGCUCCGAAGAAGCAAACAAAGACUAUGACUACAGUUCAAUAAUCACAGGAAUUCAGAAACUGAUUUAUUACAAAGAAAAAAAGCUUCAACAGGUUUAUAAGAAAGCACAACGACAGAAAGACCUCCUUAGGAAUGUGGAAAACUUGACCCUUAAGAGGCAUUUCCAGUAUGUUUUGGAGCAGCUUAACAUAGUGGAAAAACAAAAGUGUGAGGAGAUUUAUCACCUACAAGAACAACUGAAAUGUUUUCUGAAGGAGUAA